UAAAACAAGUCUAGCAAUAAUAGUCUGUGAAUUAAAAGUCAAAUUGAUCUGACAAUUUAAAAAUGUACGACCUUUGAAUACCAAAACCUAAUUAUUUUCGAAUAAAACCGAAACCUGUUUACCAGACACUGUCGAAAAAAACUGCAACCAUGCCUCUUCAGCGUAAGAACCCGGAAAAUCCAUAUAAUAGUCAAAGCUUCAUCGCGCAACUGCGACGCUAGCUUUGGAAAAGCUGCGAAAGUAUCGAAAACACUUUAGUUUGGAGAUUCGUCGAGUAUGUUGCGGUGUUUUGUGCUGGUUUUAGCUCUCCUGUCAGCACAGAGUUUCCAGUUUGAGUUUAAACAUCACAACAACGAUGAUUUGGUGGCUGUUUUGCAGGAUGUGAACGCGAGAUGCCCGAAUAUCACUAGGAUCUACACUUUGAGCGAGAAUUCCGUGUUGGGGUUGCCACUUUACUUCAUCGAGUUCUCUACUAACCCAGGGCGUCAUGAAAUUCUUAAACCUGAGUUCAAAUACAUCGCUAAUAUGCACGGAAACGAAGUUUUGGGCAGGGAAUUGCUGCUCAAGCUGGCAGAUUUCCUCUGCGAUGAGUAUAUGAAGGGAAAUAAACAAAUUAGGUCCUUAAUCAGAACGACGAGGAUCCAUCUGAUGCCGAGCAUGAAUCCUGAUGGAUGGCAACUGGCAACUGAUACUGGUGGACAGGAUUAUUUGAUUGGAAGGACAAACAACAACUCAGUGGAUUUAAAUAGAAACUUUCCCAAUUUAGAUAGGAUCAUUUUUACGAACGAGGAGCAACACGUCAACCACAACAACCAUUUAUUGGAGGAUCUGACGCAUCUGGAUCAGCCACUUCAGCCAGAAACAAAAGCUGUAAUUCGUCUUAUAAUGCAAAUUCCUUUCGUACUUUCUGCUAAUUUACAUGGAGGAGAUCUUGUAGCUAAUUACCCUUAUGACGAUAGUAGAUCUGGCAGACAAAAUGGAGAAUAUAGUGCCACGCCUGAUGACGACACUUUUAGACACUUGGCAUUAUCAUAUUCCUUUUACCAUGCCGAUAUGGCAGACCCAAAGAGAAAAGGCUGCGGUGACUACGAAAGCCAAGAUUUCCCUAAACAAGAUGGUAUAACCAACGGAGCCAAAUGGUAUGCGCUACAGGGAGGUAUGCAAGAUUUUAAUUAUCUUUCAAGUAAUGAUAUGGAAAUAACUUUGGAGCUAGGCUGUGCCAAAUAUCCACCAGCAUCUGAAUUACAACCUGAAUGGGAGAGGAAUAAAGAUGCUCUUAUUAACUUUAUAUGGCAGUCUCAUAUUGGUGUAAAGGGAGUAGUAUACGAUAACCAAUCAAAACGUGGCAUUCCCGGAGCAGUAAUACAUGUUAGAAACAUUACAGAUUUGGAAAAAUCUUAUGAUAUAGAACAUGACGUAACUUCAGUUCAUGAUGGAGACUACUACAGAUUGCUGACACCAGGCAAAUACAAGCUCACAGCCUACCGAGACGGAUUCUUGCCCCGAUCGAAAAUAGUGACUGUUCUGAAUAAGCCAUUCGAAGAAGCUCCCAGAGUGGAUUUCCCUCUGAAACCCAUCACGAUGCCACCAUACAUCAGAAUCCAAACGAACAACUACAUCAACUCAAAGCUAGAUGACGAGUUCGACAACCAGCAGAUCUCCAACUGGGCCGAAGAAAACGAGCCGAUCCCUGAACCGAUCGCGGUGCAAUAAAAAAUUCCAGUGAUCAAUAUUUUUGUGUCAAACUGUAUUUAUUUCAUUAGAGCACAACAUAGAAAUCGAAAGGUUAUUUUAAAUUAAGAAAAAUUCUGAUUGGGAAAAAUAAUGCGGUGAUCUUAUCAGUAAAGUAUAUCAUAAACUGUGUUUUUGUUCAUUGUUGUAAAGGUCUUUGGCAAAAUAUAAAAAACAUGAAGUUUUUAUAUUUCGUUUAGAUAGCACGACGUCCUAAAUAAGUGUAAGCUAACUAUUUCCUCAUAUACAGAGGUAUUUCGCAAAAUAUCAUAUUUAUCGAUAAUAAUUUAACCUCAUAUUUUUCUAAACUUAACUUAGUGUGAGGAUUUCUGCUGGCAUAACCUUAAAAUAUAUAUAAAAAAAAAAGUACAGCUGUGUCCAAGAACACCUUACAAUUACUAUCUAAGGAAAUUAUAUUAAAUGAACGAAGUAACACGAAUCACUAAAAAUCACUAAAACUUCAGCUGCAAAACAGUAAAGGGAUAAAGACGAUAUUAACUUAAAGACAUUAGUGUAAAAGUAAAGAAACUUGAAGUAAAGUUCUAAAUAUAAAAGUAAUAUUUUGUAACUACCUACAUACUGAUUUGUAUAGACACAUAAUAGUUGAUAGUGACUAUUGAUAAAGACAGUUCAAGUGCUGCUGUAAUUUUCUUAAUUUAGAAUUUCGUUUCAUACAACAUAAUAAACAUGUCUUCUUUCUCUAGAUUUUUGCACGUACAUAUUUAGAAAUAAAAAUGUUUUUAGAAACCUACGACUUUUGAUAAGUUGUUGAUAGUCAUCCUGUAACCAAAAAUCUGUAAGUUAAGAAAUAAAUUUUUGUUUUAA